AUGCCGAUGCUUCCCCCUACCUUGCCAAAGCUCCCGAUUAGCGAGGAGAACAAGCCCCGUGAAAAUGGAGGCCGCCCCCGUAGCACCAACCGGGAACCCGAUGCCGUGAUUGGCCGCAGCAUGCGCACUGGUGAAGAUGUGAUCGAGAAAAAGCCGGGCGAGUUCGAGGGCACCCAAUCCGGAAAAGUCGUCCGCGAAGCCAACCUGGCUCGAUUUGAA